UCAGGUGUGUGGGGAGGGAACGGAGGCCGGUAAAGGCUUUGGUCUCAGAAACUUAUUGGAAGACAAGUCCGAGCUGUCGGGGCGCCCGCUCCUUUGGGGCUGGAAACAAGGCCAGGACCCCGAGUUUGCGUCUUGAAAUUACUCUAAGUGGGUGAUUAAACUCUGCAGGACCUUAGCCGCUCACGCAACGCCGUCCUUUCCUUCCCACUCCAGCCCGCGCCCCGCCCAGUGCCACCUGCAUGGCCGCUGCCUCCAUCCCCGCGUCCCUGCCCUGCGCUGCCCGCCGCCCCUGAGAUGUCGGCAUCCGCUAAGCCCGCGGCCCUGGCAGAGCUGGCUCCGGGCCCCGGUGAGAAGCCGGGGGGUCGGCCGCUCCUGGCCUGGGGCCCCGUGUUUGGCCACCGGAGUGAGAAGAUCGCAUUUGGCCAGAGCGAAGGUGGCCCCGACGAGCAGGUGCUCACGGUCACCGUCACUGAGACGACCGUCAUCGAGGCGGACCUGGGCGUGUGGGGUGCCCGCGCCCUCAUCUACCUCACACUCUGGUUCUUCUUCAGCUUCUGCACCCUGUUUCUCAACAAGUACAUCCUGUCCCUGCUAGAAGGGGAGCCCAGCAUGCUAGGGGCCGUGCAGAUGCUAUCAACCACGCUCAUCGGCUGCGUCAAAGUAUUCCUUCCCUGCUGUUUGUAUCAGCACAAAACCCGGCUCUCUUACCCUCCCAACUUCAUCGUGACCAUGUUGUUCGUGGGUCUCAUGAGGUUUGCAACAGUGGUUUUGGGUCUGGUCAGCCUGAAAAAUGUGGCGGUGUCCUUUGCCGAGACGGUGAAGAGCUCGGCCCCCAUCUUCACUGUGAUCCUGUCCCGGACCGUCCUGGGGGAGCACACCGGGCUGCUGGUCAACCUCUCGCUCAUCCCUGUCAUGGGCGGCCUGGCGCUGUGCACGGCCACCGAGAUGAGCUUCAACUUCCUGGGGUUUUCGGCCGCCUUGUCCACCAACAUCAUGGACUGUUUGCAGAACGUUUUCUCCAAAAAGCUCCUCAGCGGGGACAAAUAUAGGUUCUCGGCCGCGGAGCUGCAGUUCUACACCAGUGCAGCAGCCGUGGCCAUGCUCGUCCCGGCCUGGAUCUUCUUCAUGGACUUGCCGGUGAUCGGGAGGAACGCGAGGAGCUUCCGCUACAGCCAGGACGUGCUGCUUCUACUGCUGGCGGACGGCGUCCUCUUCCACCUGCAGAGCGUCACGGCCUACGCCCUCAUGGGGAGGAUCUCCCCCGUGACCUUCAGUGUCGCCAGCACCGUCAAGCACGCCCUGUCCAUCUGGCUCAGCGUCAUCGUUUUCGGCAACAGGGUCACCAGCCUGUCAGCCGUGGGCACCGUGCUGGUGACGGCCGGAGUCCUGCUCUACAACAAGGCCAAGCAGCAGCAGCGGGAGGCCAUGCAGAGCCUGGCUGUGGCCACCAGCCGGUCCCCAGACAGCAGCCCUGAGCCGCUGCUCCCCCCGGACCCCCGGCCACACCACUGAGCCCCGGAGCCUCAGGGGCGCCGUGCGCCACGCCGCUCCUUGCCAGUGGGGGACCCCCUUCGCCUCUCCCGCUCCCUGGACGGCAGGCGUGGGGCCUCUGGCUCCACGGGUCACAGUCCGGGUGUGGGAGGUGCGGGUGGGCAGCCUUUCCCGCUCUUUCCUGGGACGUUCGGUCAGAGCUGGGGGAGCUCGAAUCAGGGUCCCAGAUGUCAGCCCCUGGGGCGCAGACCACAGCUGCCACUGAGCCGUUGCUGAGCCACGUGACAACCUCCUCCUGGUGGCCUCUGCGCACCCCCUGCAGCCAGGCCAGGCCCCAAUUCCUCUGUGGGUGACGACCACUGGGGACAGCUGUGAAGCCGGGGCUGCAGCCAGGUGCCAGCGGCUGCCCUCCCCACUUGUAGCUGGCGGAGAGAACCCGCUUCCCCACGCCAGCCGUCGGCGGCCACCCGAGGUACGUCUGGCUCCUUGGCCGUCAGGGAGUCUGUCCGCUGGGCUUGGACAGGCUGCCCCACUGCCCAGACAGCUGUGGUGCAGAGACCGGCGUUCCCUGCUCCUGAGGAUGGAGUGUCCGGCCCCGGCCUCCCGCCCUUCUGCCCGAGGCGGAGCUGCCCGCAUCAGCACCACUUAGGGAAGGUCACUCGCGGAGCGAAGCGGCCCCACCCCUUUCCGUGCCUGCUGCGCCGAGCUCCUCACCUGAAGGUCCAGCCCUCACCUGCGGCCGGGGCCCCCCAGAGGCCCAGACGUGGUUUCCAGCCCGAGGCUGCGGGCAGCCCCCUGCGGUGUUUGGCUCAGGGAGGGGGCUUCUGUCCCUUCUGCUCCCCCGGGUGAGAGGCAGGCUGUUCGGAGCGCCCCUGGGGAGCACCCGUCCCCACUCAACUAGUCAGGAGCCUUGCCUUGUCUCAUCAACGAGGCUUUUAGGAUUUUCCCUCGUGAAUGAUGAGCAGGACGAGUGUGGAAUAUUUACUGUUUUUGUUAUGCUGCGUUUAAAAUGACAGCGUAGGUUUUUAAAAGGAAACACAGGCAUAGGUGGCUUAUGGAACGCAUCGUGUAUGCCAGGUAAACCACAGUCAGACCCACGGCCUGGCCCGGCCCGCCUCCUCCAGAGCAGACAGACGGACAGACAGCCAGGUGUUUGAGGCCUGUGGUGGGCUGAGGUGCCACCCCUCGCUUCACCUCUUGCCUCACAGCCCGUUGGGAUUUCUGAUUGGGACGCAGCCCCCUCCCUCCCACCAGCCUAGAGCUCUGGGGCUUGUCAGGUGCAGCCCUACUCGGGGCCGCAGGCUGGCCACCUGGCCAUCUCCAGCCAGCCUGCGGACAGAGCCACCCGAAGGCACAAAUCGUUCCCUGAGUCUCAGGCAGCAUUCCCAGCUGUUCGGGGCCUGGGCUCCCUGAUUGCUUCUCUGGUUUUCCAGUUGGCUUCUCAGCUGGGAAAUAUAAAAGAGCCCCUCCUGGAGAGCAGAUCUUUUGGAAACAAAGAGCAAUAACUAUAUCUCAUUAAGUUCCGCUAACUUUAAAAAUCUUGUAAUGAUGAUGGAUUAAAAUGAGGCCUUUUAAACUACAAACAACCUUUUUACUAAGCUGACCUCCUGCUCCAGAGGACGGCGGGUCACACGCACCUUCACUGUGCAGGGGUUGCUCGUGUGACUUUCCCAGGUUUUAUCCCUUUCCUCUUUUUCUGCUUCCCCCCAGAACAAAACUAAAGAGGAUUCUUUGGCGGUAGCUGGGGUGGCCGGCUGGUGCAUUGAUCUGUGAGGACCAGAGAGAAAGCACCGUUUCCCUGGGGCUGCUGCCUCUGCCCUCAGACUGUGGCCGCUGUGCCCACGGCUGAUGGGGAGACGUGAACAGAAGGGGCGUAUCUGUGGUUGCCCACGGCAGACUGUCAUCUGAGUGUUUUCAGGUGCCAGCCGCCUGUGUCCGAGUGUUGUUAGGGACCUGGGUCCCUGCCUCCUGUGGACCUGCCCCUCCCUCCACUCUCAUCGUGUUUUGAUUUUCUAGAUAUUAGGACCAAGAAAGAUUUUCCUAAAUUAUUUGUAAAUGAGGCCGUUUCUAGCAAAGCUGCUUUUGAGACUUCUCCUCAUCCCGGGUGGGAGACCACAAAACCUGUGCUGCAGCUGCAUUCUGUCUGCGUCCCCACCCCUGAGUCGUCCACGUGUGGGGCGUUUCCGCAGCCUGGCAAUGGCAUUUGUUUAAUAACCGUACAGACAUGUUUUUUAAUUAACUUCGUUUAGUAGUUUUUUAGUAUGUUCUUUUCACUGAACCAUCGCAGGUGUGCUCGUACCAGUGUUGACACCAGGUGUUGUGUGUUACAUUGGGUCCCUUCCUCCUAUGUCUUUGGUUGUCGUCCGUGCCUUUGUAAACAAACUCUUGAACCAGGCUUCUGAAUCUGGUCAUCUGCUUACUUACAUUGACACGUAGAGAUGUAGUAUCCACACUUUUCUGGCUUUCAAGGAAAUUUCCACUACUGAGUGGCAUAAAAAAGGCUUUUUUAAAAAAGAAUUCUGAUAGUCAUAAUUUCCUGCAUAUCAGCAUUAAAAUCAUAUGCCUUGGAAAGCUGAGAAUACUCUUGCACAAUCCAAAAUGUGUCUUUAAUUUGUGAAUCAAACAGUAAAAAAUUGCUGCACGAGGAAUGUCAUCCACAUGGAGCCGUGCUCGUCGCCAGCCCUUGAAAUACUUUCCCCAAACUGGUGGGCUUUCCCUCCUGUGCGGCGCUGACUGUCCCAUGGACGGUCAUUUAUAGACGGGCCAGAGGGGAUCAAAGAAAUGCAACAUGUCUUUUUACAUCUGUCCAGGGGGUGUGCUUCCUGAUGCCUGAAAGUAUUUUCACUGUUCCCCUGGGUUGGAAAAAUUAAACAAAGAUGUUAUUACAGGUAGAAACUCUCCUCUCUUUUUGCCUUUGACCAACAUUGUGCUAAGGGCUCUGUUCUUCUCCAAAACACGUACAUGCCCUGGUUGGGACCUCUUUGUUUUCUUAGUUUAUAAAUAAGAACGUCCCAGCUCCCCCGAAGAGUUUGCCUAUUUCUCUAUCCUGGCUGAGGGGCCGAGAGCAGAGUCAUGAGGUUGUGCUGACCAUCCCUUGGCGUACUCACCCUGCAGCUCAGGGUGUAAAACCUUCCAGUUUGCUGUCUCUGUAGUAUCUCCUCCCCUCCUCCUGAGGGCUGAGAUUCUGAGUUUGAUGGCCACUGGGUCCAUGCCUAGAUGUCCAAACUGAGUUGGAAACCGUUCUAAUUGGCAAAGUCUUUGGUGUUUUGUUUUGUUUUUUCCAGUUUUCAUCAGAGGAAAACUGGCAUUCAGCUGAUGUGCUAUUUCUAGACUGCAGAUGUGUGAGUAGCGUCUGCACCCGCCCAGGGCGGUGUUGUGGGCACCACGUUGCAGAGGGACACAGUGAGAGUGACUUUCCCACACUGAAAAACUUGAAAAUUAUAUCAAUAAUUGUCUGUAUCAGAACCAAAUCAUAUGUGCUUUAUACCAAACAAAACUGCAGAGAACUAAAAGUACAUCGUGCAAAAUGUCUAUAGUGUUUUGUAUUUCACUUAUUUCAGUAUUUAUGUGAUUAGAUGAAUUCUUUCUAGAAAAUGGUGGUUAAAUGACUGAGCCACUGUUAAUUCUGCUAUGGUAAUACAUCGAUGCUGUACAGUGAAUCCUGUGGAUGCCCCCUGGUUAUUUUUGUCUAAAUUAAGCCACCAUGGUAACAACUAUCUAGGACUCUUGUUCUGCGAAAGUAAAAUAAAUGUUCAGCGUGUACUGUU